UUUUGAACAAAUUUUUAUAAAUUAAUUGCUUAUUCUUUGAUUCUUUGUGAAUAAAAACGUCUAACAAUUUUCAUCACUGCCAAUUUGUUAAUAGAAAAAUCAAUUGCUAAUAGUAUUAAUGGCAUCAAUAUAUUUUCAGAAUUAAAAUGUUAAAAAAUGUCCCAAACUUUGAUUAAUAUUUUAAAAUGAGCACCAAAGACAUGUUAUAUAAACACAUACAUUAGAGGUGUAACUCUCCUACUUCCCAACCAUUCCAUAAUCCAUUUUCUCAAAAAAAAAAAUCAUUCCAUAAUCCUUGUUCUUCCGGCCAAUUAAAUAUAUGGGUGAUAAACUUCGAUUAUUCAUCGGAAUCUUGGGAAAUGGAGCUUCCAUGCUGCUCUAUACCGCUCCAAUAUUAACCUUUUCAAGGGUGUUUAAGAAGAAAAGCACAGAGGAAUUCUCAUGUUUUCCUUAUGUUAUGACACUCUUAAACUGUUUGAUUUACACUUGGUAUGGCUUACCGAUUGUGAGUCAUCUUUGGGAGAAUCUUCCUCUCGUCACCAUCAAUGGAGUCGGCAUCUUUCUCGAAUCACUCUUCAUUUUCAUAUAUUUCUACUACUCGUCGCCCAAAGAAAAGGUUAAGGUUGGUGUUAUAUUUGUUCCGGUGGUCGUCGUUUUGUUCGGGUUAACGGCUGUAAUCUCAGCCGUAGUGUUUGACGAGCCCCGUCACCGGAAAUCAUUCGUCGGAAGUGUCGGCCUCGUGGCUUCUAUCUCCAUGUAUGGUUCUCCUCUCGUCGUUAUGAAAAAAGUGAUAGAGACAAAAAGUGUGGAGUACAUGCCAUUUUACUUGUCAUUCUUUUCAUUUCUGGCUAGCUCCCUUUGGUUGGCCUAUGGUUUACUCAGCCAUGAUCUAUUUCUUGCGUCACCUAAUAUGGUGGGGACUCCAUUGGGGAUUCUCCAACUUAUCCUCUACUGUAAGUACAAGAACAAGGAGACGCCGAUUAUAACAACAGUGAUGAGCAAAUGGGAUGAUGAAAAGAACAAGAGAGAACUUGAGCUUGUAGUUGACGUUGAUCAUGAUGGUCAUGCCAAAGAGAAGAAGUUCAACUACGCAUGUUAGUUAGUUUUUCCCUCCCAAAAAGCUCCAUGUGAAUCCAUAGAUUUAAAGUAAACUUGACGGUCUCGUGGGAUUAUGCUUUCAUUACAUGAUGUUUCAUCUCCAUUGUGUAUCAUGUGAAUAAAACAAGAGUUUUUGUUCUCGA